AUGCCUCCUCUUGUUGUUCCCUCACAUCUCCAAGUCCCCAGAGAUGUUCCUUCUCCCGGUAAUGCCACGGACAUCGGCCUCGAAGUCGUCUGUGCGUGGCCAGUAUCUGGCCAGUACGGGCCUGGUACAAGAGUCCUAUACUACGUCCUUAUCGCUGCCUGCGUAUUCGCAAGAAAAGAAGAGUGGCUGAGAAAUGCCUGCCUAGCCGGUGCUCUGCUCUUCCCGGCAAUCGCGGCCGUACAUGGGAUCGUCCUCGCCGCAAUACAUGUUGAUGGUGCGAUUGAUAUGGAUGUAUACGGGGCCUUCCAGCUGUGCUCGAUUGGAAUCCUGACUGCUCCCCUUACUGCAAGGAUGUCUGGCACAUACUUCAAGGACCCGCGUCGGAAUAUCAUCUUUCUGUGGACUGGCCUUGUUCUUGCUGGACUGCUGAGUAUCACCGUCGAGCUCUUUCGGGUUGAGACGUCGAUGUGCACUCAUGACAACGCAGGGAACCCACUAUCCAGCGAUGUAUCCCAGUUCCCCUACGAGGGUGCUAACUGCAGCCUGCGCUGUUCCACCGAGGAAGGUCCCUUCUCGCCCAUACGACUCGGAGCAACGAAUGAAAUAUUCGUGAUUCCCGCACCAAAGAAGCUCACGUUCGGCGCCACAACACUACUGGCUGCCGCCUGCUGUAUCCCAGCCAUAAUAUCCAUCUUAUACUUCUGGUCCUUGAUCCUUCAAGAGACCUGGAAAAAUCACGUCAAUGUCGAGACCGAGUCAGAUCCACGGGAUGAGCCCAUUACGGGUACCAACGGGGCCACUGUGGGAAAGAUGCUGCAAAUCAACGGCCUGGUACGGACGGUUCUGAGCACAGUGGAAGCCCCAGUAUUCGCAGCAGCAGUGCUAGCCAUUCUGAUCCUGGGAGAAAAGAACUUUUUCAGUAAGCCGGUAGACCAUGGAACCGAGCCCAUAGCCAGCAUCGGCCAGUGGGCGCCGAUUGUAGGCGCAGGCUUCGCAAUAUUCGGUUCAUUGUAUCUGUUUCUUACCGCCGACGAUCGAGAGCAAAGCUCUGCUUGUAAAUGCACCUGCCAUAAUGUGGACGGUGUAAAACGACAGUCCACCCCGGUCGACAACGAAUCGAGAUCAAUCGCGACGACCACAACGACCCCCGGGCCUGCCCAUACCCACCCAGCGCGACGUGAAACCCCUGAUAUUGGCAACCGCCGUGGGAUCAACCGAGCCCUGAUGCGCUUCGCAACGACCCUCAGCAUCGCCGCCCACGACCGUCUCACGGACUACGACUUCCAGAUAGGCCGUGCACAAGACUUCCCUGAGAUACCGGCCGAGGCGCAGAGGAACCGAACACUACAGCAAAUCCGUGAACAAUAUAACCCCAGGCGAGACUCCAAUGGUAACCUCACUCUCUCGCGUGUCGGUUCAACCAUCAGUAUAGCUUCAUGGAGGGACGGGGAGCGCAGCUCCACAACGUCGCAACCGCGGUCUUCCAGGGCGUCCACGCGUUCGCGGUCCCCCUCUCCAUUCCCAGCGUCGUCUCGACAAGAGGAAGGACCUGCUUCAGUGGAUUGUCAAGAUCUUCGUCCACCCCGACGGCGCCGUGAUACCUUGGAAGUCCCUAAUCAGCAUGGCUCUACAAGGCGCAGCCCCUCAGCAUCGUCGGUUUCUACAGCCGGAAUUGCGAUACCUGGAGGGCAGGGAUCACCAGCGAUAGUAAUAUCAACCGGGGAUGAAGUAUCGAGUUCUCCGUUUGAUUCGUCAGAGUCUGAACCCUCGGAGUCACUGCGAGGGAGUAGAUAUGGACGGCGGUUCACAUCCUAG